AUGCGGCUGAAUAAAUGCAGUUGCCUGGCAACAGGCACAGCAGCAGCACCAGGAACAACACCAGCCACGUCAUUGUCGUCCCCAUCAAUAUUGAUAAGCAAAGGGACAGAGCCGUUGGCGGCCUUACAGCCAUCAAUAAUACAAAAGGCAACCGCAACAACAACAACUAUCAAAGACCAUAAAAAAUACGCUCAGCCGACAAAUGUAACAAAGCGAAAAACAUUGUCAAUAUGCAGAAAAUCAGCUUCCAUGGCGUCGCCAAAGCCACCAACAACUAGCGACGAAUCACUAACAGCACCAAACCUAACAUCAUCAGGCAUUCUCACGCCCACCUCGAUAUGCACAUACACCACAUCAGCAACGACAAUUGCGCCAGCAUCCUUAUGCUGCUCAACUAGAAUGCCAUCAAUGACGGCCACAUCAGCAGCCAGCACUACCACCACCACCACCACCACCACCGCGACAACAAACAGGACACUGGCAACGAGUUGUCCUAGCUCAGACUGCAGGGAAGCUGAUGCUGCUACAUGCCAAUCCACGAGCAUUGUCAACUGCCCCUCAUCUUCAUGGUGGCGGCCCACUUGCCUGUGGCAUUGGUGGCAGCAUCGAAGGCUGCUGCAGCAUCGGCUGCAUCCAUCCAAAUACCCACAUCACUGGCGUUGGCAUUCCCUGACCACUGUUCUUCUUGUCUUGGUGUGUGCCCUCGUCUCACCACCGCCAGCAACGUUUGUGGCAGCCUCCACAUUGGAUAUUUAUAAAAACGCUCGACUUGGUCAUCGCAUCGUACAGACCCGUUAUGGACGUUUACAUGGCUUAAUAUUGCCAUUGGAUAGUUAUCGGUACCUACGCUCGGUUGAGGUAUUCCUGGGGGUACCGUAUGCCACGCCACCCACCAAACAAAAUAGAUUUAGUCCCACACGUGCCCCAGCGCCAUGGGAUGGCAUUCGUAUAUCGGAUAAAUACAGUCCUGUGUGCCCGCAACGUUUGCCAAAUAUACAAAAUGAGACAGCCGCCUUGGAAAAAAUGCCCAAGGGACGCUUAGAGUAUUUGAAAAGACUAUUGCCAUUUCUGGAAAAUCAAUCAGAAGACUGCCUAUAUUUAAAUAUAUUUUCACCAAUAAAUGCAGGAGCGAGUGAGAAGAAAUUGCCUGUUAUUGUGUUCAUACAUGGCGAAUCGUUCGAAUGGAGCAGCGGUAAUCCCUACGAUGGCAGUGUAUUAGCCAGCUAUGGAGAAGUUGUUGUUGUAACGCUUAAUUACCGUUUAGGAAUUCUAGGUUUUCUAAAUGCCAACCCCAAUCCCCAACAACAUGCACGUGUGGCCAAUUAUGGGCUCAUGGAUCAAAUUGCCGCCCUGCAUUGGAUCCAACAGAAUAUUCAAAAAUUUGGCGGUGAUCCCAAUGCUGUAACAUUGGCUGGUCAUGGCACUGGAGCUGCUUGUAUCAAUUAUUUGAUGUCCACACCCACUAUGGUAAGAGGCCUAUUUCAUCGGGCCAUACUUAUGUCGGGUUCAGCCUAUUCAUCGUGGGCCUUGGUGGAAGAUCCCGUUAUGUUUGCUGUUAAAUUGGCCAAGGAGGUUAAUUGUUCGAUACCCGAAGAUUUGGAUAAACAUCAUGAGCAGAUAGUGGAUUGUUUGCGUGAAGUGCCUCUGGAAGAUUUAUAUGCAGCGGACAUACAAACGCCUACGUUUUUGACAUCGUUUGGUCCUUCGGUUGAUGGCGUCGUUAUACGUCCCGGCCAUUCCAAUCUCGAUAUCGAUGAUUUAAUGACACGCAGUACCAAACGUUCCUCAUCGGAUGGCGGUGGCGGUUCCUCAGGCGGCGGUGGCGGAAAUUAUGGCAAUGGCGGCGGUGGUGGCUAUUUCAAUGGUGGCGGUCCUGGCGGCGGUAAUGGCUUUGGCGGCAUGGUUGCCGGUCAUUAUGAUGUCCUGUUCGGUGUGGUCACUGGUGAAUCGAUAUGGCGUUUCAGUGCCCAUGACAUACAGAAUGGCUUUGAGGGCGAGAGACGUGAUAAAAUUAUUAGGACUUAUGUUCGUAAUGCCUACAAUUAUCAUCUCAACGAAAUAUUCUUUACGAAAAAAAAAGUAGAAAUGGAUAAACAAAGCCAAGGCCAAGAUGUUGAUGCUCUCUCCAAGCGCUUGUGUAACUCUGACUGCUUUUUCGGGUCCUUAGUGAGACCAUGA